GUCUGCGCUCUGCAGUCAGACGCGGGUCACUCGCAGUGAGAAGAUUCGGAGCCCGGUGAACGUGCGCCAAGCGGCGGACAACCGAGACGCGCUCGCCAAGGCGGUGUAUGGCAUCGUCUUCAACUUCAUCGUGCAGAGUACUAACAUGUCCAUCGGCUAUGUUGAGGACGUGAAGCUGUUCGCUGGCGUCCUGGACAUCUUUGGCUUCGAAUGCUUCAAGAUGAACUCCUUCGAACAGCUUUGCAUUAACUUCACCAACGAGCGGCUGCAGCAGUUCUUUAAUUCCUUCGUCUUCAAGCUGGAGGAGCAGCUUUACGAACGAGAGGGCAUCGAAUGGGACCCACUCGAUUUCCCUGACAACCAGGAUGCCGUGGACAUGCUUCAGGCAAAGGGCACCGGGGUCUUUGCGAUCCUGGACGAAGAGUGUGUGGUUCCCCAGGGCUCAGACCAGGGCUUCAACAACAAGCUGAUCAAGCAGCAUCGAGGUCACAGGCGCUUCGACGAGAUCAAGACCAAGCCAUCCUGGUUUGUGAUCAAGCACUUUGCCGGCCCUGUGAGCUACUGCUCAGACGGUUUCCUGGACAAGAACAAAGAUCAGCUGAGCAACGACCUCAUUGAGUGCAUGGGGGCGAGCACCAAUGAGUUCAUCGUCAGGCUUUUCAGACAGGACGUAAAAUAUGGCGAAGUUCUGAACAAGGAGGAAUCUUCAGAGACCGGUACCGGAAAGAAAAAGAAAAAGUACACGGUUUCAUCGGAAUUCAAGGAUCAGUUGGCCUCACUUAUGGACAUCGUUGAUUUGACGGAGCCCCACUUCGUGCGCUGCAUCAAACCCAAUCCACAAAACGAGCCGGACCGCUAUGAUCGAAAGGCCGUCACCGAGCAGUUGAGAUAUGGGGGCGUGCUGCAGGUGGUGCAAGUCAGCCGAGCUGGCUAUCCGGUGCGGAUCAACCACCAAGAGUGUUGGGACGACUUUAAGGUCAUCGCCUCUCCGCAGAUUGUCUCAGGGUUGAAGCACGUGGACGACUCCAAGGUCCGGGCGCAGAAGCUGCUAGAGCACUUGGCCUCAGAGCUCAACGUGCCGAAACCACUGCAUGGCCUGCCCAUGGCGGUGGGAAAGACGCUCGUGUUCUUCAAGCUCCCAGCAUUCGAGCGCUUGAAGUUUGCACGCCUCGAGCUACUCGUCAAGUCUGCGACACAGAUCCAGGCUGCUUGGCGUCGCCGUGUUCAGAUGGGCAAGUACAAGGCGAUCUGUCUCUUCACACGCCACAUUCAGGCGUUGCUGCGAAGCAAGCAAGCGCGAAGCGAUCUUAUGCGCCGGAAGCAAGAGGGCGCGGCCGUGAAGCUUCAAAGCCUUGGGCGCCAAUUCGUGGAACGCAGGAGAUACAAAGCUUUGAUGAGGAAGGUUGUAAAGAUCCAGGCCUGGCACAAAGGCAUCUGCGGACGGCGCUAUGCCAAGGAGUAUCGGAAGGUGGCUUCGGCGACGCGCAUCCAGCGGAACUGGAAGCGUUGGAAGACGCAGCGGGUCUACAAGCUCUUCCGCCAAGCGGUCUACGUGGCGCAGGAGCGCUUGCGGAUGCACGCGGCGAAGAGUCAGAUGAAGAAGCUGAAGCAGGAGGCCAAGGAGGUCGGCGCGCUGAUGGCCAAAAGCCAAAAAGCCCAGGAGCAAGCGACCAGUUUGCGGAAGCGGAACGAAGAGCUGGAAGCAGUCCAGUUGCAGCUGCAGUCGGAGAAGAAGAGCCUGCAAAUGCGGGUAAAAGAGCUGGAAGAGUCUUUGGAGAAGAUGAAAAUGCAGAUGGACGAGGUCCGGGCCUCGGCCGAGGAGGCGGCGAAGCUGGCAGCCGACAGUUCCAAGAUGGUCGUCGAGACGGAAAGCCAGGGCCUCCGAGUGUGCGACGACUGCUUAUGGUCGGGUGACUACGUUCCUGCGCAUGCGACCGCGACCGCGGUCAUGAUUCAUGACCAAGACACGGAGAUGAAAAUUGUGGUGAUGGUCACGAGGCCUAAAGCAGCUCGCCGGGGAGCUCGGAGAGAUUCCGAGAGCGACGGCGCCGACCGCGCGGCUCAGGAGCAGGCUUUGUCCGAGAAGACUUCGGAGAUCUCCCAGGUCAAGGAGGAGCUGGUGUCCAUGAAGGAGGCUUCCUCAAAGCAGCAGGACGGCACUUCGCGAGCCGAAAGUGGAAACAAGAUCCCCGGACCCGGAACACAGGAGCAGCUCCAGGAUGCGGAAAGUCGGUAUCAGAACUUGCUGAAGAGCACGGCCAUGCAGUCCAUCGCCGGCUUACCGAGUGCUGCGGGCGCCCAGCCCAAGGCAGCGGCGAAGGCGACGGGGCCAAGGCGACCGCAAGGCGGUCAGCGGAACGUCUUCAUCCAAUUGGCGGGGGCCCAGUCCUCCGGAAAGACGUCGUUGCCAGGGCCUAAGGCCCAGGCACUGCCCAGGUUGGAGGCUCUCAUCGCCGAGCACGUCUGCGCCCAAGCUGCCCCCCAUCUCUCUCGUUGCGAAUUGGAGAACGAGGACCCACAGCAGUUGCCAAAGUUCAACGAGCAGAAGUCGAAUUUCAUGGCGCACCACCAGAUUCAGGUGGGAGACAAGCCCGUUAAGAUGUUGGACUGCUCGGGCAAUUCACGUGCAGCACAUUUGGUCAAGGAGCGCUUUGCCCGCUCCACGUGGGUCUUCAUCGUUUAUGACUUGUCGAAGAAGGAGUCCUUAGAGCAUGCUCUCGCUCUGACACAAGAGGUGCAUGCAGCGGGUGCAAGGCCCUUGCUUUUCGGCAACAAGUACAAUGUGGACAAAGGUGAUCCCAUUCAGGUGGAUGUUGCUGCCGCCAAAGAUGCAGCGGUACGAAACGAAGGAGAUUCAUUCGCCUGCAUCGACCUCCCAAGCGCAGUCUUAUCGAGGCUCCUGAGCCCGGCCCGGCUCAGCGCCCCGCAGCUCUUCGCACUCUCCGUGAAAAAAGAGACAUGCCUGCCUGCAGGAGAUGCUCGACAGCCAGGUGCCAUCAGCUCGGCCAUCGACAGCGUGAAGAGUUGGUUCGGCGGAGAGCGGGCCAAGGGCCAGGGAGUCCUCAGGCCUUCCUUAAAGGGAACCAAGGCCAUGAAGCAGGCACGAAAAGAAGGCGACCCCAACGUGGACCUGCGUCCGGUUCAGGAGCUGCAAGAUUCGGACUCGGCCGUGACAUGCAUCUGCUUCGGCCAAGAGAGGCUGCACAAGGCUUAUGUUCUGCUGGCCACCGCCUCCAAGGACGGGACCGUGGUGGUGUACCGCUGCUACCGCACUGAGAUGGAGAUCGCCAUGCUGGACCAUGACUUUGCUCCGGAAGAAGGUGCUUACUCCUCACCUCCUGCCGACCACUCGAACAUCGCGGUGCACUCCAGACUCGUGGGCCACUCUCGUGCCAUCACCAGCAUCUUCUUCAAUUUGCUUGAAGAUCAGCUAGUCACCACCUCCAUCGACAAGUCGGUGAGAUUUUGGAGCAUCGACAGUGGGGAAAUGCUCAAAGUCUUCACGGACAGCUCGUCCACGACCAAAGCUCUACAGCUGGAGCAAGGCGCCCGGCGCCAGCGUCUUCUUUUCCUGAGGCCAGUGCCCGUAGCGGCCUUCCUUCCCUUCAACCCGCAGGUUUUCGUCGCAGCCAAUUCCAACGCAGUUCUCCGGCUGGUGAAUGUGCAGAACGGGAUGGUCCUGCAGAAGCUCAAGGUGGAGACCGAGGUACGGGCACUGAAGUUCGACGACACGGGCCUCUUCCUUCUGGCAGGCACCAAAAGUGGCAGUAUCCAUGUGCUGGAGGCUUCGGACGCCAACACGCUGAAAUUCAAGUUCAAGGUAAACCUUGCACGAGGAGGUGUGACGUGCAUCACCUUCGUGCCAGCGGCCGGCGGGCAGCCGCCUUGCCUCUUGGUGAACACCUCGGACUGCUCUGCGACUAUCAUUGACUGCACCUACGGCCCGCCCAGUGGGGUCCUCAACAACCUCGCAGUGAGACACCGGGUCCGGGUGGCGCAUGAGCUUCUGCCACUGAAGAACUGCUUUUCUCCCUCCGGUCCAGGCUACCUGAUCUCAGGUUCCGAGAACAAAGACGUCCUGUACUAA